AUGCUUGUUGCUGCGGUUAUUUAUGGCCUAGAAACCGGCUCCGCAUACAUUACCAUGGACUGGUGGGACGAUCUCGCAAAUAACGGCAUGACUCCCGAGCAGCGGGGGAGCCUCGACCCAAACUCGCACGAAUACUACCUCCGCGUUGGCGGUUCUAAAACGCAGCUCGUCAGCUGGAGCUUAUACGUUCUCUUCCUCUGGAUGUUGAAGAUGUCCAUAUGCCUCUUCUACGCCCGCUUGACGUGCGUUACCUCCCUUUUCCUCGCCACUACCACAUCAGCAGCCAACACUGACGCCCUCUCCUCCAGCGCCGGCCUCCCCGAAUUCGAACUCCGCGUCAAGAUCGGCUACUUCCUGAUCCUGCUCACCUGGCUGGCGACGCAGCUCUGCAUCCUGUUUGGCUGCCAGCCGGGGUUCCGCAGCAACUGGCAGAUCCACCCGGAGCCGCCCAACCUGUGCCAGCCGGCCAUCUCCAAGCUCAACCUGUACGCGACCGUGUCGCUGAACGUGGCGUCGGACGCGUACCUGAUGUCCAUCCCCGUGCCGAUGCUGUGGCAGGCGCACCGCGUGGCGCCGUGGCGGCGGCUGUGCCUGCUGCUCGUCUUCUGCGCCGGCGUCAUCGUCAUGGCGUGUGGGGUUAUGCGGUGCUAUAUAGUGCUGAAGAACCCCACCACCGGCGCCCUCAAAGCCGGCACCUGGUCCUGCCGCGAGUCCUUCCUCGCCGUCCUAACCGCCAACGCGCCCGUCAUCUACCCGGCCUUCCGCGUCACCGUCGCCCGCGUCACCUCGUCCAUCUUCAGCCACCACCACGGCUCCGACUCCGGCUUCUUCCCCUGGCGGUCGACGUUGUCGCGGAGGAUCAACAGGAGGAGGAGGACUGGCGAGCCGAGGAGUAGCAGUAGGAGGAGUGCGCCCGCGUCCGUGGUUAUGAUGGAGGGGUGGAGCGGCGGGGCGACGGGGACGACGGGGAGCUCGGUCGCGUUGGGGACAUGGGCGAGUUGUGAGGCGAGUGGGAAGGGGGUGGUGGAUGGGGGGACUGAGGAGUUUCGGCCGGCGGAUGAGAGGGAGUUGGAGGCGGGGUGUUGGGGGAAAGGGCCGUAG